GACACAGGAAGAAACAGACAUGUUGACUGGACCGACACUGGGCUCUGAUACAUUUAUACAUGACUUGAACACAAACAGCUAGUUUUCCUUUACCAACACAAAAUGAAUUGUCAAAUAAACUAAACUAAGCCAAGCAGAGAAAGUGCAACAGUUAAGUUCUGUCCAGAACAGGGAGGAGUUGAGAGAUACCUUUUUGCUAAAGUGAAAGUACAACUGCAUAUCUCUCCCCUCUUGACAGAAGGUGGACUGUGUAGAGCAACGAGGAGCAGGAAACACACCCAGCUACACAGUCCACCUUCAGUCAAGAGGGAAAACACACCCAGGUUUCAGAAAUGUCCAUCUUCAGCAAUGUCCUGUCUGAAGAGCAGUUCCUGUGCUCUGUCUGUCUGGAUGUGUUCACUGAGCCAGUCUCUAUUCCAUGUGGACACAACUUCUGCAAGGCCUGUAUCAGUGAAUACUGGAACACCACUGCCCUGUGCCAGUGUCCACUGUGUAAGGACACAUUCAACAGAAGACCUGACCUAAAAACCAACACAACACUCAGAGAAGUUGCAGAUCAUUUUAAGAGGAUGAAGGUCUCAGACAGAGAGGAGUCCUCUUCCAAGCCUGGAGAAGUAGCACAAGUGCAGCAGAUGGUCCAGGAGCGACUGCAGAAGGUUAAGGAGAUCAAACUCUCAGUAGAGCUCAGCCAGAGAGGUGCAGAGAGAGAGAUAGCAGGAAGUGUGGAGGUCUUCACUGCUCUGGUGCGCUCCAUUGAGAGAAGUCAGGCAGAGCUCAUUGAGGUGGUUGAGGAGAAGCAGAAAGCAGCAGAGAGGCAGGCUGAAGGGCUCAUUGAAGAACUGGAGCAGGAAAUCACUGAGCUGCUGAGGAGAGGCACUGAGCUGGACUACGUCCACCAGAACUCCCCAUCCCCAAUCAAGGGCUGGUCUGAGAUCAGUGUUCACAGGGAUCUGCAUGUAGGAACUGUGAGGAGAGCUCUGUCUCAGCUGGAGGAGACACUUCAUAAUGAGAUGGAGAAGUUGUGUAAUGCUGAGCUGAAGAUGAUACAGCAGUGGUCAGUGGAUGUGACUCUGGAUCCUGAUACAGCACACCCCAAGCUCAUUGUUUCGGAGGACAGGAAACAAGUGAGCUAUGGAGACAUACGGCAGAAUAUCCCUGACAACCCAAAGAGGUUUGAAUGUUAUCUAUCGGUCCUGGGAAAGGAGGGCUUCUCCUCAGGAAGAUUCUACUUUGAGGUUCAGGUUAGAGGGAAGAUUGAGUGGGAGGUAGGAGUGGCCAGAGAGUCCAUCAUCAGGAAGGGCCCAACGGCUGUAAGCCCUGAGGGUGGACUCUGGGCUCUGUAUAUGAAUAGGAAUAAGUAUAUAGCCAAGGACACACCCCAUAUGCACCUCUUCCUGAGUCAGAAACCCCAGAAGGUGGGGGUGUUUGUGGAUUACGAGGAGGGUCAGAUCUCCUUUUAUGAUGUAGAAAACAGGUCUCAUAUCUACUCUUUCACUGGUUGUACCUUCACUGAGAAACUAUAUCCAUUCUUGAACCCCUGUAAUAAUUCUGAGGGUCCAAACACAGCCCCAUUGGUCAUCUCUCCUGUCAAUCACACUGACUGAAUUGGGGUCCAAUAAGGCAACAGAUGACUUAAUCUGAUUAUCCUAAUUGUUAUUUGCUCAACACAUCCAAUUGUAAAGAGUGUUGUUAAUAAUAAUGGGGCACGUUCCAGGGGUCUGCCAUGCAAUCACAAACCAAAUUUCACAACACCUGGACAGGUGUUUAACAACAUGCCAGAAACCCCAUCAAUAUAAAAUCUUAUUAGUCACGAGCCGAAUACAACAGGUGUAGACCUUACAGUGAAAUGGUAACUUACGAACCCAUAACCAACAAUGCAGUACAAAUAAGAAA